UAAAACCGAAGUGAUACGGACUCCUUUCUAUCUCCUUUGAUUCAUGUUUACUUCUUGACUGGAAAACAGUGAGACGGUUAUCACAAUGGAUCUGAUGGAGAUCGAUGACAGCAUACAUAUGAAGAGGAACCUCACCAUGGAGGGCCUUGUGACUAAAGUUGAUUUUCAGAGAAGAAACUCUCCUUCCAGAUGUGUCUCCGUGGGACUUGGAUUACUGUGUGCUGUCCUGUUGGCUGGGAAUGUAGGACAAUUUCUCUACUAUCACAUAUUCAGCCAUACCAUGUCAGCAGACCUGAUGCAGGCUGGUUACAACACUGGAGCAGAUCAGCUGCAGGGAACCUCUAAUGCUUCAGCUGCAGAGAGAAAACUGUUUGAGGCAACACUGAGUAACUUGACAAAAGAAAAAGAUCAGUUGCAGACAAUCUAUGAUGAACUUCAAAGAGGAAAGGAUGAGUUGCAGAGGAGUUACUCUUCACUGAAUAGUGACAAGGACCAGUUGCAAAAAAGCUACUCAAAUCUGACCCAGAGUAAAAAUCUACUUCAGAACAGAUACCAAUCACUGUCCACUGACAAAGAAGCAUUACAAGGUCGUUAUAAUACUCUAGAGAGGGAGAAAGAGCAGCUACAGACCAAUUACAGAAGUUUAGCUACAGAAAAAGACCAACUAGAGAAGAAUAUCGACAAAGAAAGAGGUGACCUAACUGAAGAGAAAGACCGGCUGCAGCAAAGUUUAAACACCAUCACACAUGAGAAGAAUCAGCUACAAACAAACUACAAUGACAUGCAGAAGAAUCGUGACAACCUGCAAAGAGAAAAGAACGACUUGCAGACACAGUUUAACACGAUGAGAACAAACAGGGAUCAGCUGCAGAGGAGUUACACUUCAUUGAAUAGUGACAAGGACCAGUUGCAAAAAAGCAAAGAAACAUUGCAAGUCAGUUAUAAUACUCUGCAGAGGGAGAAAGAUCAGCUACAGACCAAUUACAGGAGUUUAUCAACAGUUAAAGAUCAGCUAGAGAAGAAUAUUGACAAAGUAAGAGGUGACCUGACGAAAGAAAAAGACCGGCUGCAGCAAAGUUACAACACCCUCACACAAGAGAAGAAUCAGCUACAAACAAACUACAAUGACAUGCAGAAGAAUCGUGACAACCUGCAAAGAGAAAAGAACGACUUGCAGACACAGUUUAACACGAUGAGAACAAACAGGGAUCAGCUGCAGAGGAGUUACACUUCAUUGAAUAGUGACAAGGACCAGUUGCAAAAAAGCAAAGAAACAUUGCAAGUCAGUUAUAAUACUCUGCAGAGGGAGAAAGAUCAGCUACAGACCAAUUACAGGAGUUUAUCAACAGUUAAAGAUCAGCUAGAGAAGAAUAUUGACAAAGUAAGAGGUGACCUGACGAAAGAAAAAGACCGGCUGCAGCAAAGUUUAAACACCCUCACACAAGAGAAGAAUCAGCUACAAACAAACUACAAUGACAUGCAGAAGAAUCGUGACAACCUGCAAAGAGAAAAGAACGACUUGCAGACACAGUUUAACACGAUGAGAACAAACAGGGAUCAGCUGCAGAGGAGUUACACUUCAUUGAAUAGUGACAAGGACCAGUUGCAAAAAAGCAAAGAAACAUUGCAAGGUCGUUAUAAUACUCUGCAGAGGGAGAAAGAUCAGCUACAGACCAAUUACAGGAGUUUAUCAACAGUUAAAGACCAGCUAGAGAAGAAAAUCAGUAAACUCACAGAAAGGCCCUGUCAGUCAGGGUGGACAAAGUUUGGUGACAACUGUUACUAUGUUACAACUACAAAGAGAAUCUGGACUUCAAGCAGAGACUACUGCAAGACCCAAGGAGCUGAUCUGGUCAUCAUAAACAGCAGGGAUGAACAGGUAUUUGUCAAUGGGUUACUGGGAUCAGGCGGAGAAGCCUGGAUUGGUCUGACUGACAGCGUUACAGAGGGGACCUGGAAGUGGGUGGAUGGGACCCCUGUCACCACUACGUUCUGGGGUGUGGGGCAGCCUGGCAACUAUCAGGACAGGGACCAGGACUGUGUAGAAUUUUGGCAGUCAGCAACAGGGGGAAGCUGGAACGAUGAAAUUUGUUCGACUACUAAUGUCUGCGUCUGUGAAAAAUAAAGACCAAGUAACUUACAGUUAAUGAUUGUGUGAACGUAUAGCUUGUUGAUCUUUGACCUGGUGAUUUUCUGAAUUUGUUCAUGGUCAACAAAUCAAAUUCAAAAGACUAAAACCAAAAAUGUAUUGUUCUCUGUCUUCUGUCUUUACUUGCGUAAUCUUGGUAACACAAACUGUAGUUUAAAAACAGAUUUUGCAAUCAAUGUUAGUCCUGAUACAGUAGUAAAGUAUUAUGUUGAAUACUUUGGAAUAGCUUUAUGUUUGCAAAGUGAAAUCUCUCUGAUUUAUUCAAAUGUUUUUUACUAAUGACUUUCAAUGGCAUAUGUUACAAGGCAUAUACAGUACUUGCAAAAUUUGUAUGUAUGUAUGGCGUUAAUAAUUUACUGUACAACACUAUGAUGAUUACAUGAUACUGGUACAACAUGAUUUGUCUUUUUACCUCCCAAAAAAAAUGCCCUGUGUAUGUUUGAGUGUGCAAAUGAGUCUGCUAGCUGAAAUGGUAUAACAAAAUAUAUCACGUCAAGACUUGAUUUUUCAAAUUGUUUAAAUAAUGGAUUCCACCAACCCUAUAUAGGUUAGAAGGAAUUUAAACAUAACAUCUGAAAGUGUACUAGAAUUUAGACUGAAGCUAUCUUUCUUACAAUGUGAAAAAACUCUUCUUUGAUCAAUAAAAAGUACACUUUUAAACAACCUAGUUUAGAGAUUUCAUAUGUCUCACCACGGUCCAAAGAAUAUGGCAAAAGAUAACAUUUGUUGCACUCAGUGUUAACAUUAGCACGCUUGUCCAAAUAGCUUAUUUUAAUAAAGUAUCAUAGGGAGGUUAGCCUUGCUUGCAGUUGCUAUACCUUCAAAGUCAAUGCAUCCCAAUCAGCAUGAAGGAAGCUCCUGAAUGUCAACACAGGGUUACAGGUCAAGUCGCUAUUAGUGCACAAGGUUUGUCUAAAAAGCAGGAUAUAGAAUAUCCAGAGAGUUGCAGAGGAUAGCUGGAUAUAUUCUUAAAAAUAAUUUUUAAAAAAUCCAACCCUUUAAAUGGUGGAUUUAAUCUUAUCAUGUCUGGAUGUAGGUAUACAUUACCAUCCAAUUAAACAAAGCAACACAAAUCAGCUUUGUCCCAGCAGCCAACAGAGACAUCAACAAGAUAAAGCCAUAAAGCUAUGAGAGCAAAUUCUGUAUUAUUUGAUUAUUCAUGGAUCUUUUUAUCUUUUCUUUUAUCUCUUUUCUUACUGAUGGCAAAUUUUACUGUAACACGUUAACUUGUUUUAAUUACCUGUUUAUAGUGAUUUAUAGUACAAUUUAUUUCCUAUAUAGGUUUGAUUCUUGUUGUUUUGACAGAUGUUUUAUACAAAGGGUUAC